GCAACUUCAAAUAGACUACAAAAGGCAAACUGACUGUGUGGACUUGGGUAAAGCCUUAAAUAGUAGAGUAUCUGUUACUGCUGCAUAAUGUGGUGUGGAAUUUUCUUGAUGAUGUAUUUCCUUCUUCCCCUACUAAUGGCACCAUUACAUGUUAUGGGCGAAAUUAUCACUGUUAAGCCAAUACUUGCAAAUGGCACUUAUUUAAACCCUGAGCUUGGGAAGUAUCAUGCCAGGUUGAGAACUCUCAGUCGAAGCUGCCUGGACAUCAAAGAGAAAUUUGGAGUCACUACUGAUGGCAUAUACUACCUAACAACUGCUAAUGGUGUGACAUACCAAGCAUAUUGUGAUAUGACCACUGCUGGGGGUGGCUGGACGCUGGUAGCCAGUGUGCAUGAGAACAAUAUGAAUGGAAAAUGCACUUUAGGUGAUCGCUGGUCAAGCCAGCAGGGUAGUGACCCCAAACGACCCAAAGGUGAUGGAACAUGGGAUAACACUGCAACAUUUGGCACUGCAGAGGGUGCUACCAGUGAUGACUACAAGAAUCCUGGUUACUAUGACAUAAUUGGAGAGGAUGUAUCAGUAUGGCAUGUUCCCAAUGAUGUCCAGCUACAAGACUGGAGCAAGAGCUCUAUCCUACGCUACCAUACUGAAACCAAGUUUCUCAAGGACAAUGGGGGAAACCUCUACCACUUAUUCAAGAAAUAUCCAGUGAGGUUUGGAUUAGGAGAAUGCAAUAAAGAUGCUGGGCCUAGCAGUCCAGUGGUGUAUGAUACCGGGGACAAAGAAACAACAAAGAACUUCUAUGGACCAGAUGUAAGAGAUCAGUUUGAGUCUGGCUUCGUCACCUUCAGAGUGUUUAAUAAGGAGAAGGCAGCUAUGGCUAUGUGCUCUGGGAUCAAACCAACUGGAUGCCAUACUGAAUACUACUGCAUAGGUGGAGGAGGACACUUUCCAGAAGCAGCUCCUCAGCAGUGUGGGGAUUUCACUGGCUUUGACUGGAAUGGAACACACUCCGGAGAAAGCGCAUCCAAGGAAAUUACAGAGGCAUCAGUUCUGAUCCUCUAUCGUUAAGAGUGUGCUUUUUUUGGUACAUUUCUAAAAUCUGAGUGCCAAAAGUCCAAUUUCUAAAAACCUACCAAUAAACAAGCUGAUAAAAGAA